CAAAAUUAAGACGAGCUCUGAAUUGGGUUUUGUAUGCAAGGACUGCAAUUGCCGUGUGGGAAUUGGAACCCAGCUUUUGCAGCAGCAGCAGUAACUUAACUGACUGGCAGCGCUCGGUGUUGCCGUGGUAGCGAGAGCCCGCACUGCACCCCAAGGACGUCGACGGAGUUAUUGCCGUCUUCAUCGCCCCUUCCAUGUGGCAGCGCAACCCUUACAUUCUGUUGUACUUCCGUCUUCGUUCAUUGCUGGUGCUCCUGUUGCUGCAUUUCAUGACUGCAGCAUGGUGGAGCAUUGUCCAGGAUUGCCCCAAUAAGUCCCUUCCAGUUGCUGCAUUACAGUCUCCCUCUUCGUUCCUGCUCUUCGCCGAUAUUCCACGGGGUUUCAGGGUUGUCGGCUCUUGUCAUCGUGUUGGUAAAUUGAAGGAUAUUUGUAGUUGGGGUAGUGUGAGAUUCGGUGCUGUAGUCCUUGCUCAAGUUUUUGGGAGCUGCACGUGAGUGUGGAUUUUUGUGACGAAUCGCUCUGCUGUCGUGCAUCUUCGUUGUGUGGGGAGUGAGGCAGGCGGAGAGGAAUAGCGAUUUAGCAAGUGGUGGGGAAGGGGGAGUGUGUUUAAGAGUGAGCAGUGUUAGAGUGAACGGACUACUUGUUAACGUGUUUUUUUAUGUCCCUCUCUCUUGCCGACUGGUAAGCGAGAUCCUCGUCUUCGUGUUCAUAGCGCUGCUCGACGAAUAAGUUUUUAGGUGCGAGGCGUAAUAUACUCCUGAGAAUACCGUCCGGGUCACACCAUUCGUGUCCACGCUCCACCUGCCGCGAUAAUUAUAUGGUUUGGCCCUGAGUCGCAACAACAGUUGUUGUUUGUACUUUGCAACUCAUUUCUUCUGAAGUUCAGCAAGUUCGUGUGGCUCUGUAUGCUUGUAGCUGUAUUGCCCCUACCAGUUCAUACACCCAAUACGCUGUGGGGCUUUUCACUGCGGCCGGGAAUGUUUUGUGCUGUAUACAUAUCAGCUCGAGUUGUUUGACGAGGGACCUCCUCGUUGCCGUUUUCCCUCAGUCGUGGGGUGGAUUAGAACUUGAUGUAUUCCUCAUCAAGCAGCGCAUCCCUCGACCAUUCAUCCUAGACUUUGGUUAACGAAACGAGCAUGGUAGAAAAUUGAAAGAUUCCAUUUCAGCACAGUUCCUUCACUUGUACGAGUUGGGCCUGUUUUUGUUUGUUUUUUAAGAAAGAGUGGCAUUUGGUGCUAGGAGUGGAAUGUGAGAUCGGCAUCUGUGCCUCCGAUUGUGAAAUCUAUCGUUUCGCCUCUGCGGAAUUAGAUGAGCGUGAUUCUGGUUCUCCAACGGACAAACUUUAUCGGCGAGAAUUGAGGUCCUGGAUCACAAUUUUGCCGCCAUCAAUCAACAAUGAAGGGGCGACUGUUUAAACAUGUCUGCGGAAUGCAGCCCGUCAGGGUAAUCUACGGCGACGGUGAAGUGCUCCACCUACCCCCGCUAACUACAGUGGAAGAAGUGCUCCAAUCUUACCCUCACCAUUUCGUAUGCCAACCUGGGCUAAGCAGUGACUCUGGAAGCCGCGGCAAUCAAAUGAUGUCCUUAGAAGACGAGCUUCAAAGCGGUUGCAUCUAUUUCCUCCUCCCAGUGCCAAGGCUAUUUCCUGGAUCAAUGUCCACGUCUUGCCAAUGUAGAUGCUUCGCUAACAACGCGUCCACUGCAGCAGUAGAAGGAGUUUUGGAAAACAAGUCUUACAUGUCACCGUUGAGAAUAUAUAGCUCCCCUCAAAGAUUUGGAGGCUUUGGCCCCCAGUUGCGGUCUCCGAAACACAGAUCGUUAAGAGAAAUGCUCAGAAGCUCAAAGAGCAAAGUGCUUCCAGAAUCAAAUUUGUACAGCGCUGACAGGGAUGAAAGCAUGGCAUCUUCACCAAGGCCAGCAUGGAGAAAAUGCCCUUGGCGGCCUCGGCUAGGGUGCAUUAGCGAGGAAGAUGGCUUGGAAAUGGCGUUGGAGGAGCUUAGAUAUCACGGGUUUAUGUUAAGACGAGAAUCCAUCUCUACUGCCGUUAAAUUGCCUCCCAAGCUUCCUUCUCCUCCUCCAAGACCUGCCCCAAUACUGAAGUCUGCAAAGGUAACAGCACGCUCUGAGGUUGGAUGGUCGAGUGUGGCAGCAGGAGUUCCAACAUUAGUAGCUACAUAUUGAAAUGGAACUCCCAACUGCAAGACACGCACCCCUCGAAAGUCUGCCAUUGAGGAACCUCCCAAUCGCCAUUGAACUUCAAUUAGAGGGAAACAACUGCUACUCCUGAUUCAUGUCAUCCCACUUCCAUGAAUGGUGUUCUUUGUAUCAUAGACCGUUUAGUCUGGACUAAGAGAGGGUUUACCUCGGAAACCAAGUUAGGAACUUCGUACUAUAUGCCAACCAGAGGUUGACGUUAGUUUCUGCCGCCUUUCCACAUUAGUGACAUGAGACCUUGUGUUCUUCAAAGGGCAAGCUUGGCUCUUCAAAGAAAGAUGUAGCUUUCAAACACUCAUAAGUAUUUCGAUAUGGCUUUCCGUCGGUGAGGAAAUGCAUCAUAGAGUUGCGCAAGCUGUGAGGUCUUAAUGCAGACGAGAUAACGUGGAGAGCUUACGAAUCACAUUUCAUGUGCAUGUGGUUGAUUCUCUGCAUAAUUGUUGUAAUGCUAACCUCUUAAGUUCAUUAUCUUCAUGACA